UCUGUGCAUAAGUGGGUGUGUUUUGUGUGGAUUACAGUACUCUUCUACAUAAUGUAACCCCCUUGUUUCUACAUACCUUCUCUUUCCUAGGAGUCACUCUCGAGGUUGUCGUUCAUCUUUCCCUGGCCUGGGGGUCCUGUAGAGGGCUGGGCCCCUCCUCACCAACAUGAAAGGGUUGGGGACUAACCGUAACAGACACUUGUCUGACUCCUGUGAGCCGUCUUCAGGCCCUCCGGAUGCCCUCUACUCUCAAAAGACUGGCACCCUGCCUCGUAGUCCCUACCUGCUGAGCCCCACAAUGGACCAUUAUGGCACCAUGGACCCACACCACUAUCCUUCAGCCAAUCCUGGUUCCCUCCCACCGGACUGCAUGCUCCCCCUCAACAACCAACUGUCCAACAGCAGCACCUUCCCCAGGAUCCACUACAACUCCUAUGACCAGUCUGACUUCUCCCCACCUGGGGAUAGCAUUGGGGGGAUCACUACAGGGACGAUGGGCACAUCAAUGUCCAUGGGCAUGGGGGUGGGUAUAGGCAUGACAGGGCUAAGUGGACGGACACCCAUGAUUACAAGUGGCUCAGCAACCAUAUCGCAUCAUGCGACCAAGAACCAGGCGCCACCCAAUCUGCUGGAGCAGUUUGACAAGCAGCUACCUGGCGGCAGAGAUGGCUUCAGCACGUUGCAGUUCCACAGAACAUCGGCAGUCGCUGCCACCAAGCAGCGCACAGACAGCCCUGGACGCAUCCGUUACAUGCUACACUCAGUCCAAAAGCUCUUUGCAAAGUCCCAGUCACUGGAGAGCCACAACAUGAAAGGAAACGUAAAUGGACGCUCUGCUGGCAGUGGUGGAGGCUCGUCUGGCACAGAGGAUGGAGGAAAGCAGAAUCGGAGAGCCAAGAGUAAGGAUCGGGGUACUAAAUCAGAAGGAACUGCCAAACGGCGACCACGCUCCAACAUGUCAGGCUACUGGAGCUCAGACGAUUUGGACAGCAGCGAUUUGAGCAGCUACCGUAACCCCAUGGCCAUGAUGACUCUUGGGCGUCCUUCUGGCCACGACAGCCAGGGGGGUCAGAGCAGAUACAUCCACAGUGGUUACAACACUAUCAGCUCCUCCAAAAGCAACAGUGAGAUGAAGUAUCCAGCUCUUCCCAGGCCUGGCGGUGGAGGGGGGAGUGGGGGUGGAGGAGGAAUAAGCAGUAUGGUGUUGAAUGAUAGUGACUUUAUGAAAGGCGGCUCCUGGUCCACAUUAACCAUGGGCCAGCCAAGACAGGUUAUCCAGAAGGGCUCAGCUACUCUGGACAGAUCCAUGCUCAAAUCCAAAUCCUGCCAACAGGAACUAGCCUGCAACUAUCUGCAGGUUGGGCGAAGGGGUGAUUGGAGUAGCACAUUAGGCCGCAGCGGGGGUGCCAAUGAAAUCCCGUGUCGGCGGAUGCGCAGCGGCAGUUAUGUGAAGGCCAUGGGCGACAUGGAGGACAGUGACGACUCAGAGGGAAGCCCUAAACCCUCACCAAAAUCCGCUGCUCGUCGCCAGAGCUACCUCAGGGCUACGCAGCAGUCUCUGAGCGACCAGCUACCCCCACGCAACAGAACCCUGGAUUUCACCAUGUUGCAGGGGGAGCUGGAUGCCCUGUGGUCUCCACUCCACAGUGCGUCCUCUCUGCACCAGCUGGGCAGGUCAAUGAGCAGCUGUCUUCCAUCUCUCAGAGAGCUCUCCAAUAACCGCAGCCUGGACAACCUAGACUGCAUUGGAGGUUCGGGCUCAUCUUACCCACGCUGGGAUGAUGAUGACUUCAGCCAGGCCUGCAGCACCUUGGGCAGGAGCAGCUGCCUGGGACAGCUACGGGACCUGGAAAUGAGCCAUCGUUAUGAGGACCGCAGCUCCGAGUCCACAUUCAGAGAUUCCCGCUCCCAUUCUCAGGACAACCCGGAGCCUCCAGACUUGCCCAUGCCAACAUGCUUCCGAUCUCGUAGCCAUAGUUACCUGAGAGCCAUCCAAGCCGGCUGUUCCCAAGAUGACGACACGGCGUCCUUGGACUCAGGUUCGCCACCUCCAACUGCCACCACUGUUCGCACCUACAGCACCAGCACUGACGACCUUUCUACCCCAUGGAAGAUAUGGAAAGAACAGUUCGGCUCUUACCUGAUAGCCACUGGCUUGGACAAAGCCCCGAAGGAGAAACAGCUUGCAAUUUUUCUUCAGCGUUUGGGGACAGACAGACCACGCAUCUUUCCCAGAGCCCCAGUCUCUACAUGCAUAACCACCUGUAAGAAGGCUGCUCCCCCGCCAGUGCCACCCCGUACCACCUCCAAACCCUACAUCUCUGUGACGGUGCAGAGCAGCACUGAGUCGGCCCAGGACAACUAUCUGGACCAGCAGGACCGCAGAUCAGAGGUCAACAGCCAGUCUAGCCACGCCCACAGCAACUCGUCUGACAGCCUUGACAGCACCCGCGCCAACAGCCUGGCCCGGGGAUUUCCUCGCCCUCCACACAUCAUCCCCACUCCGGUCGCCACCCCCAGAGAACCGCUCGCCAUCACUGCCGCCGCCACAGCCAAUGCUUCCACUGAGACAAGUGACUCGGUAGUUCAGCAUGAGCCUCUGAAGACAGCCGUAAAUAAAGGGAAUCUAGUGGCAGACGAGCCCCAGGUGGUUCCAGUACCCAGGAGGAAACUGUCCUCCAUUGGCAUACAGGUUGACAGUAUUCAGGAAGUUCAACGAGAGGAGACCCCACCGUUGGCCAGAUUUCAGUCAAUUGGAGUACAAGUGGAGGACGGGUGGCAGCAGAGUCGCUCAAGUAGCAUGGCCUCAAAGCAAGAAACAGACUCAGACACACAGGACAUCCCUGUCAUCUCCCAUGUCAACUCAAAUAACGCCAAGUCCACCGAGAAGAAAGUCAUGGUCAACAGCGCCAGCCAAUCCGUGGACUUUCCCCCUGGACAGGACUCCCUAGACAAUGGAGACGCCACCGGUGACACCUCGUCGCCCCCACCGCCCAGGCAGAUCCUGAACCGCUCCACCACGCGAAGUAGCUCCUCUUCUUUCUCUGAAAGUCUGGACCCAGCGUUGGAUCCCUCAUCGCUGCCACCACCAGACCCCUGGCUGGAGAGUGGGAACGGGAGUAACAGCAGCGCACCCCAAACCGGAGGAGGUGGGACCCUGUGUCGGAGAGAUGGACACUGGUUCCUGAAGCUGCUGCAGGCAGAGACGGGACGCAUGGAGGGCUGGUGUCAGCAGAUGGAACAGGAGACCAAAGACAACCAGCUGUCAGAGGAGGUGCUGGGGAAGGUCCGCAGUGCAGUAGGAAGCGCUCAGCUCCUCAUGUCCCAGAAGUUCCAGCAGUUCAGAGGACUGUGUGAACAAAACUUGAAUACGAAUGCCAAUCCCCGCCCCACAGCCCAGGAUCUGGCCGGUUUCUGGGACUUGCUACAGCUCUCCAUAGAGGACAUCAGCCUCAAGUUCGACGAACUCUAUCAUCUCAAGUCCAAUGACUGGCAGCCGGUGCCCUCUGCUGCUGCCCACUCGCCCCCUGAGCGGAAGGACGAGGAGAAGUCGGCCCCUCCAGUGCCAAAGAAGCCCGGUAAGGGGCGGCCAGCGCUGGGCCGUGAGAAGAGCGCAGACUCCUCGUCCACCUCCUCUUCGGCCUCGGCGGAGAAGCAGAGACAGGAGGCGCGCAAGCGUCUGCUGGCUGCCAAGAAGGCAGCCUCAUUUCGCCAGAACUCAGCCACUGAGAGCGCCGACAGCAUUGAGAUCUACGUCCCUGAGGCCCAGACUCGCCUCUGAGGGGGAGAGAGAAGGAUGGAGGGUGCAAGGAAAAGACAGAUAAUUGUGUCUGACAUACCUGGAGAAAGGAGAGAAAAACUAUUGGAAUGUAAAUGAGCUACUCAGAGCAAAGAUGGAUGGAGGAAAGGGUAAAAGAGAAAUCCAGUUCUCAGAGACCACUGGGGGGAGGCAAAUUGCAGGGAGGGAGCUUUGGGGCAUUUUGACCGACAUAGGCUGGUCCUGGUGGCAACAAAUACAUAUUUAACGAUUCAGAAACAGAAAGCGUGAAUUUGUGGGGCUUGACAGACUAUAAAGCAGGGGACUCCUCAUUUGAGGCUGCCAUUGAAAACCUCAGACAAUGAACUUUGUCAUUUGUUGUUACUAUUCUUGAUUAUUAUGAAAAUUGUUAACGAAGGUAUUAUUAUUACGACAUUAUCUCCUAAAGAAACUAUAUCAAGACUGUUUUAAAAGCUCCUCUAUCUUGGCUAUAAGAUCUAUUAAGCGGACAGAGGUCAAGCAUUUAUGCUUUUCUGUCUCCCAUCCUCCUCCUCUCUUCCCAGAUCCUUGGCCAUCCUGUAGCUUUGCACAACACCACCUUGUGGCCAUCACACACUACGCACAUUACGUAUACACUACACACACCACAGACUCACACUUGUCUUCCUUGUUGUAUUUAUUUGUUUACUUUUAUUUGUCCUUUAUUUUGUAUAAACCUCCAUUUAGAUCAGGUUAUUAAGAAUAUUUUGGACUGUGGCAUACUGAGGUUGAAAUUCAGGUUUGAAGGAGUAAAUAUAAUGAGGUAGUUCUGACAGUUAAAACUCCAGUGUGUCCUUGAAAGUGCUUUGUGUCCACGAUUUUAAACACUUUGAAAAUCUCUUAAGUUUAGCCUCUUGAUUUUGUGAUGAAAGCACAUCUCAAUGUAAAUGUGAUGACCCGGCAUGAAGAUCUUCUCCAAAAUUUCACAACAUGUACAUCAGUCUGUAUGACAGUGGCCAUAACCUGAAGAAUAUUAUUUUCUUUGUGGGGAAAAUAUAUUUAAGUCCCUUCUAGGCUCAUUUGCUUUUGUGCUCCAUUAACAUUGGCAUUUUCAUUGCUGUUAUUGCACAUACACGAAAAUUCACUUUUCAGAUUUUUUUGCUCCAUCCAUGUAGCCUAAUGUUUCUUGAUGCUUUUAUCAGUAUCACUCAAGCAUUCAAGCAUUCAUACACAUUUCAAAUGAAAACAGGGUUUUUCUUCAAGUAAAGCAGCAGGUUGAAUAUGCAGGGUAAUAGUGUCUGUAACUAUGGCGAUACACACUAGGAUUUACAUGUCUUGCAGUUAUUUUGUUCUCCAUUUUCAAAAGCAUCUUGAUUUUUCUCCCCUCUCAUGACAAAAACAGGCUCAGUUCUUUCUCACCAUUAUUGUUAUCCCCAUGAAGCUUCAUCCCAACAGCCCACACUUUUUUAUUUAUAGAAAAAUAUUUAAUUAAAGCAUUACAUACAUUGGU